GCGGGGACGCUGCCACCACCUCCGCUGCGGACCGAAACGAGAUGGCGGCCACUGAGGCGGUCGGGGAGGCUGCGCGGGGCAGCGUGUCCGGUCAGCCGGAGCCGCCGCCGCCCCAGCCGCACCCUCCGCCGCCCCAGCAGCAGCAGCCCCAGGAAGAAGCUAUGGCGGCUGAGUCCGGAGAAGCGGUGGCGUCCCCUAUGGACGACGGGUUCCUGAGCCUGGACUCGCCCACCUAUGUCCUGUACAGGGACAGAGCAGAAUGGGCUGAUAUAGAUCCAGUGCCGCAGAAUGAUGGCCCCAAUCCAGUGGUCCAGAUCAUUUAUAGUGAAAAAUUUAGAGAUGUUUAUGAUUAUUUCCGGGCUGUUCUGCAGCGUGAUGAAAGAAGUGAACGAGCUUUUAAACUAACCAGAGAUGCUAUUGAGUUAAAUGCAGCAAAUUAUACAGUGUGGCAUUUUCGGAGAGUUCUCUUAAAGUCACUUCAAAAGGAUCUACACGAGGAAAUGAACUAUAUCACUGCAAUAAUUGAGGAACAGCCCAAAAACUACCAAGUUUGGCAUCAUAGGCGAGUAUUAGUGGAAUGGCUAAAAGAUCCAUCUCAGGAGCUAGAGUUUAUUGCUGAUAUUCUUAAUCAGGAUGCGAAGAAUUAUCAUGCCUGGCAACAUCGACAGUGGGUUAUUCAGGAAUUUAAACUUUGGGAUAAUGAACUGCAGUAUGUAGACCAACUUCUCAAAGAGGAUGUGAGAAAUAACUCUGUCUGGAACCAAAGAUACUUCGUAAUUUCUAACACCACUGGCUACAAUGAUCGUGCUAUAUUGGAGAGAGAAGUCCAGUACACGUUGGAAAUGAUCAAACUAGUACCACAUAAUGAAAGUGCUUGGAACUAUUUGAAAGGAAUUUUACAGGAUCGUGGUCUUUCCAAAUAUCCCAAUCUGUUAAAUCAGUUACUUGAUUUACAACCAAGUCACAGUUCCCCCUACCUAAUUGCCUUUCUCGUGGAUAUCUAUGAAGACAUGCUAGAAAACCAAUGUGACAACAAGGAGGACAUUCUUAAUAAAGCAUUAGAGUUGUGUGAAAUCCUAGCUAAAGAAAAGGACACUAUAAGAAAGGAAUAUUGGAGAUACAUCGGAAGAUCCCUUCAGAGCAAACACAGCACGGAGAGUGACCCGCCAACAAAUGUACAGCAAUAACACCAUCUAGAAGAACUCGAUGGAAUGAUUUUAUUUUUUUAAGAGACUCUAAUGCAGGAGUUUAAAACUAAAGUGAUCAUUCCUUUUGCCUGUGGUAUAAAACGUGCACAGGUAUUGCUUUUUAACAAGAACUAAGUGUGAUGCUCCUUGGGUGCUGCUGCUAUUCAGACUAGUAACUUGAUUCUUCUUAAGCAAAGUGAUUUGGUGGGGGAAGGAGAAGAAACAAAGUCCCGUUCAGGAACUUUUGUAGUCUUAUCAACAUUUGUUCUAAUCCCUUAGCAUCAGCUCUUCCCUACAGGGUAUGCGUCAGAAUUUGCAGCAUUAAUGAGUGCGGGUAACUUGUAUGUAAUGCAUAUAAGGUAAUUUAAAUUUUGGUUCAGGAAGCAGGGAAUGCAGUUGUUACAUUAGAGCUGCUAUGCCACACUCACAGUAUCUUGCUAUCACUGUAACCAACUAAUGCCAAAAGAAUGGUUUUAUAAUAAAAUGAUAGAUGUAUCCUAAAACAAUGACAAA